AGUGCCUUGUGGCAUUGGUGAUUCAGAUCAGACAGGAAGGUCUUCCCUCUCAGGGCCAAAGUGAAAUGGCUCAGCCCUCCCUGACUCCCCUAGAGGAACUCAGCAGCCUCAACAGGGACUGAUCCUCAAAAGGUGCCAAGGACUGGAGAUGAACCAGGGUUUGUGUAUGUCCUUGUUUCAGAAAAGAGAGUGGCUGCUGUUGGCCAAAGGGGAACCCCUGAGCCUGGGACAGAGCCAGAGAGCCCCUGCCAGCACCUUCUAUGUGAUCAUGCCAUCGCCCUCCCUCACUCUGCUAGUCAAGGCAGUGGCCACGCGGGAACUGAUGCUGCCCAGCCUCUUCCCCCUGCUACCUGAAGACCCACCUGAUGACAGCCUGAAGACUGUGGAGAGCAUCCUCGACAGCCUGGAGCUGGAGCCCACCUACAACCCCUUGCAGGUCUGGAGCCACCUGUACUCACACCUGAGUAGCACCCUGGCCAAGCCUCAAGGGCGGCUCCAGUCAAGCAGGGAGAGCAGAACCCUGAGAAAGGCUGGGCAAUUGCAGGCCAACCGAGUUCGAGCCACAGUGGCCCCUCUGCCUGUGACUCCAGCCCCAGGCAGAGCCCCCAAGAUGCCAGCAGCCCAGAAAGCUCCCUGGGAAGGCUUCUUGCUGCCUUCCAAUGAGGAAGAGGAAGAGGAGUAUCCCUGAGGACCCUAAGGGGCUGGUGCGAGCCGGCUGACCUGCUCAACCACACCCACACUAUGGCUCACAAGUGGCUGUCUGUGGUCAGACUUGCCAUCUGUCCACCUAAGCCUCCUCGUGCUGCCAGGAAGCAGGGGCUGUAGUUUUCUUUUGGAUCAUUUGAUACCGUUAACAGGGAGAUUAAACUCGUUCAGCCUCCACCAUUGUCAGGAGCAUUCCCAACUGAGAACGUCUCCUGGUAGCCUUGCAAGCAGGUGGAUGGGGUCAGGUCACCCUCGGGAAACUGGGCCUCAGGAGAAAAGGACGAGGUUUUCAGAGCUCACGAAAAACCACCCAAAACCAAACCCACUGCCAUCGAGUCAAUUCCGACUCAUAGCAACCCUACAGGACAGAGUAGAACUGCCCCAUAGAGUUUCCAAGGAGCGCCUGGCGGAUUUGAACUGCCAACCUCUUGGUUAGCAGCUGUAGCACUUAACCACUACGCCACCAGUGUUUCCCAUGAAAAACCAGCAGGAGUGAAAUCCAAGCCUAGUUCCAAAGCCGGCGCCCCUCCCGCUACACCCACCACACUGCAGGUCUCUUCAGCUUCCAGACAGACAAGUGGUUGUUGGGGUACCCAUAUGCAAAGUGGGGGUGCGUGGUCAGGGGAGAGGAUGGUGUGAAAAGGGCCUACCCCCUCUCCCCUCACCCUACACCUGCCCACUUUCCUGUCAGCACCGCC